CUUUCAAACUACAUACACAUAUUUGUAUUUCUUGCACACCUAUUUCCAAUGAAUAGAAGUUUCUAUAUACUUUUUUAUACGUUAGUAAAUUUGUGGAUUUUAUCAUAAGCUUGCUUAGUUGAUUUCGAAUUUUCGUUGCGGAUAGUGGAUAGUCGUUAACGUAUCCUUACAUAUGUACAUACAUAUAUGAAUGCCAGAUUUAUUUUAUACGAAAGCGUUAAAUAAGUUAAUAUAAUAUUCAUACGAAUCAUACAGUGCAUAUGUAUGUAUGUAUGUAUAUAUGUCUAACAGUGUAGAAAUCUGCCCCACCACUUCGAAUCAGGAUCACUUUAUUGAAUUGCUAAGCGAAAGUUUUCCAUAUGUUUAAUAAAACACCGCUGUAAUCGAGAACAUAAUGAACAUUAACCUUUCAAUGGAUAAUACAUCUGAUCAGGACUAUUCAGAAUUUCUCAGCGAGUAUUUACUGCAAGCCAAUUCCCCUAUCAACGAGCCCGAAGUGAAUUACGAAGAUGGGGAAAUGGAGGCAGAAUGGCUUGUUUCUGCCGGCUACCCGGAAUUGACGAAGCCGUUUGAACAAGGGCUGGAACUACGCACUACUGAACUUGAGCAUGUACUCGCUACACUUUCAAAACCACAUGCUGAAGUCAUUAAACAACGAGUCCGGGCUUUGAAUCAAACGGUACGCGGGCGCACCAAAAAUCGAUCUAAGCGAAAGCCUGAUAUUCGAGAUGUAUUUCGGGACUUUGAUGAGUCUAGUACGGGAACACGCUCUCGAAGUGCAACACCGGACUCACUGGAUUCCAUACAAGGCGAGGAAGUUUGGGGCAACACUUCUAUUCCCAGUUUUGCAAGUGUUCUUGAAAACAACAGUGGCAUUGACAUUGUGCAACCAUAUGUAGCAAAACACUUAAGGCAGAAGCUACGACGGACACCAAGUGCUCCGCUUAAAAGUUCCACAUCUAUGGAUAUAUUCCGCGGAUCGCACGUACGCUGUGACAUACCUAUGCAUUCGGCAGACGGCGUUGAGUUACUUGGAUACUCGCGGAUUGGCACUAUACACUUACCACGAAAUCGAUCCGGCUCUGAUCCAUCUUGCUCCGUUGGGCGCUCUCGGGGUCAACUCCUGAGGGACUCGCAAAGUGAAAACACAUCUUCCGGAGAUUCAAGCGACGAGUGCCCCAUGAAUACGAAUACCUCUUCAUCAAAAAUAAUGGACCUGGUUCAGGCAAAAUCUCUGAGUGUCCAAAAUUUACCGCAUUCGCGGGAAGGUUUAAGCUUCGAAAGUAUUUGUCGCGAUACUUCUAGUAUAGUUGGAGAAGAAGCAUUAGACAUUUAUGAUGUUGAUUUAAAUUGUUGCUCGGAUAUCGAUUCGAUUAGUGAGACCGAUCUUAAACGUCUUCAACCUAUUUUUUGGUUAGAGUUGGCCACAAUAUUCGAUCGCAACCAGGUGUCCUUAGAUAAACGAAAGCCAUUUAAACGUCGUCGUAAGGAGGAGGGUAGUCUUUUUGGAGUAUCCCUAAAUGCUCUUAUACGUCGUGAUCAGCAAAUUACUGGUAAGGAUUCGACAUUAGUUCCACUGUUUUUAGAAAGCUUGCUUGCCGAACUGAUAAGGCGUGGCUCCAGGGAAGAGGGUAUACUACGAAUAGCUGGACACAAAAAUAAGACUGAAAUACUUUACAACGAAUUAGAAUCAAGCUUUUAUCAAAAGCCAGGAAAGUUUUCGCAACUUCUUGGCACUGCUACAGUUCAUGAUCUUAGCGCUCUGCUUAAGCGUUGGCUGCGUGAGCUCCCUCAGCCGUUGCUUACCAAUGAGCUUAUUCAGCUAUUUUAUCAAUGUCACAAACUUCCAUCGGUGGAUCAAAAGAGAGCCUUAUCGAUUGUGUGCCAGCUGCUACCACAUGAAAACCGUAACACCCUACGUUCGCUCCUACGCUUUUUAAAUUGUAUAACUGAACUAAAAGAUACAAACAAAAUGAAUCUACACAACGUAUCCACGAUUAUUGCUCCAUCUUUCUUUCCGCCACGAUUUAUACAUCCGAUAGACAAAAACAGUAUUGAAGAGCAAGUGAAGAUGGCAGCACAGUGCAGUCGAUUGACUAACGUUUUAAUAUUGCGUGCAGAAAAACUGUUUCAGGUAGCGAAUAAUCUAAUUAUGGAAUCCAAGUGCAAGAAGGCACGAUUGGGCAAAAAAGGAAUGUCGCGGCGAUUAAAACCGGCUGUGUCAUUGAUACAUCGAAGGUCACCAAACGCGUUACUUAUGGAGAAUCACAUUAAAGACAAUAGCGGCGACAACACAGUUUAAUCAAGUGUUCAUCGCGAAAAGUCCAGGACUACAAAUCAGCUUCAUCGUUUUGUUGUCCAAGAUAAAAAAAUCUGGUUUUAAUGGGUGCGGUAUUUGUUGAAUGCAUUUAAUUCUUUUUAUGUGUACAUACAUAUAUGUAUAUACUAACGUUAGUUUUGAAUUAAAUUAAGCUGCACACAAAUUUCAUUAAGCUUUCAAUACAAUUAAAAGGAGCUAACAAUUUUACUUAGGAGAAUAUUAAAAUGUUUUUAGACCCCAUUAAAUGUACAAUAUCCUGAUUUUCACACAAAAAGG